AGCAUUCAUUACAGUGUUAAAACCGGUCAUGGAUCACAGUUAACAACCGCAUCAUAUUCCGAGUCCCGCCGAAUAUAUAUAUUUUUAUUUGCCAAGUAACCAAAAACUAAAAUAAAUAAAAUAGAGCCAACGAUACGGUGUGCUGUGGCCCUUCGGUGGACUAGUCAAUUAAAGUAAUCAAAAAUUGAUAACAAAGGGGGUAAUAAGGCUGGAACAUGGGGGCUUACUUAUCGGAGCCGAUAACUAAAAAAAUUUCGAGCGACGAAUCUGGGGAAAAUGUGGCGUUUGGCGCGAGCUCGAUGCAGGGCUGGAGGGCAAGCCAAGAGGAUGCUCACAACUGCUGCAUCACCUUCGACAGCAACACAUCCCUCUUCGCAGUGUACGAUGGUCAUGGUGGUCACGAGGUAGCGACGUACUGCUCCCAGAACCUCCCAGACUUCAUAAAAUCCACAGAGUCCUACAAAAACGGCAACAUCCCUCAAGCCCUGAUAGACGCAUUCCUGGGUUUCGACGCGACCCUGGCAACUCCCGAGAUCGUCUCGAAAUUGAAAAAAAUUGCGGACUCAUCCCUCCCCGAGAAAGAGCCCGAGGACUCGUGUGAUUCCUCAGAAGAGGAAUCAAUCAUAAAUCUCCGUAAGGAAGCCGCGAUGCCGCUGGAGCAGGUGAUGCUGAAAUACCAAACAGAAACAGAAAGAGGAGCGAGCUGUCCAUUCCUACGUGUUCGUCGUACCAAGGCUGGCUGUUCCUCAGGAUCAUCACCAGGAUGUUCCACAUCAAACGAGUCAGACGUAUCUAGCAGCAGCUCAACAAAUGCCGAGGCCUCAGUUCCAAAUGCGGAAAAAAAUCCCGAACCAGGAAGCAGUGACUCGGAUCAACUCCUGGACUCAACGAGCAACGGUGACAUUCCAGGAGGGAAAUCAGAGAUGCCAGACAGCUCGGUGGAUGCCACAGAGAAGCCAAAUCUCAUCACCUCCAACACAGAGAUUAACGGUGAAGAAAUAAAGAAAACAACACCAGACAGCAGUAAAACGGACAAUGUAUCGUCCUCUUGUAAUUCCUGUGGUAAUGGAGAGCUCGAGGAGGUGGAGGGUAUUUCCAGUAGCAGCAAGAAGGCUAUUGGUGAGCACAGCUACAGAACAUUGCUCCAGAGGAUGGAGGAUGUCGAGGACUCGGAUACAGAUGAUGAGGAAGACGAGAGUUUUCGUGAUGUACCAGAGGGCAGUGAUGAUGACGAUAGGGAUGAGGAAGACAGCGAUGUCGAUGAUGAGGACGAUGGCGAGUUCAAUAUAACCGAGGAACCAGGGGCUGACAGUGGAUGUACAGCCGUUGUAGCUAUUCUGCAGGGUAAUGAGCUAUUUGUAGCAAAUGCUGGUGACUCCAGGUGUGUUUUGUGUCGGGAUGGUGAGGCUGUUGAAUUGUCACUUGACCAUAAACCUGAGGAUCAGCCUGAAAUGGCGAGAAUUGUUAAAGCUGGUGGAAAAGUAACGUCAGAUGGUAGAGUCAAUGGUGGACUCAAUCUGUCAAGAGCACUUGGUGAUCAUGCCUACAAGCAAAAUAGUACACUAUCACCUCAGGAGCAGAUGAUAUCGCCAUUACCUGAUAUCAAGAGGAUUACUAUUGAUCCUAAGAGGGAUGAAUUUAUGGUGUUGGCUUGUGACGGUAUUUGGAAUUUUAUGUCAUCUGGGGAUGUCGUUAAAUUCGUCAGGGAGAGGCUCAAGAAGAAUGACGAGAAUAUAUCCAAGAUCUGUGAGGAGCUUUUUGAUCACUGCCUGGCACCAGAUACGAUGGGCGAUGGGACAGGCUGUGACAAUAUGACAGCUGUAAUCGUAAAAUUCAAAAAUCAAUCAGAACCAGAGGUGCAAAAUAACGGUGAGACCGAGGAGACGGCGAUAACAAAGAAGAGGCCCUUGUCAUCGGAAAAUUCUGAAGACCCGGAGGAAUCUGUCAAGAAAGAUCUACCCCUUGAAGAAUGUAAACGUGCGAAAAUGGAGGCAGUUUGAAGGGAAAAUAAUGAUUAAAAUCAUGAACUCGAUCCCCAGGACUGUCCCAAGUGAAUGUGAAGUUUAUCAUUUCGUUAAUUAUUAUAUUUUUUCUCUCCAUUGAAUGCAAAAUUAAUCUUAAUGCAAGAUUAAUUUAUUAUUAUUAAUGUGUCUAGUGUUUUUUCGGGUAUUCGUGAAUGGUAAUCAACCGUUAAAGGAGCACAUGAGGAGAUUAUUUUUCUCGUCGUCAAAAAUAUUUUCAAUGAUUCCUUUACUCUUUUAAUUCAAAGGCUGAAAAAUUCAAUGGCCUAAUCCAGUGAUAAAUCAUCAAAUUAAUCGAACAAUUCAAGUAUUCAGGUAAUAAUUAACUCAACGAUUAUUUUUUCACCAGACGAAUUAACGAAUCGACAAUCAUGAAUUUAAUUUCAUGAGCCAAUAUUUUCGUAAAACUCAUAUGCUCCAAAAAUUAAUUACAUGUAAAGUUACACUUAAUCUAGGAGGUGUAAUAGGUAUGUAAAUAUUUGAGAUAAAAUUUGAGAUGAAAGAAAAAAACAAAUGAUUGAUGAAAAAAAUGAAUAAAUAACGUAGAGCAUAGGGUUUAUAUUUGUAACGGGGAAGACACCAUUUUUUUUUUAUUUCAUACGACAGUUUUAAUUUUUUGAGGAAGAAGGAAAUCAUCUCAAGUAAUUUUGGGGGGGAGGAAUGAGUCUAGAUGACCGGAUAAAGUGAAAUACGAAAUUAAUUUCCCUGGUAUUGAAUAUUUUUAAUAAAAAUUACGAAAACCUCAUCAUUUUUCAUUCUUAUUUUCAAUUUAUUUCCUUCUUCCUAUUGAUUAAUUGAAUAAAUUAUUCACUGUUGACCGUGUUAUGGGUGGAUGGAAGAGAUUUCAGCCAGUGAUUAAAAUUCAGGUUUACUGAUUAAAUGGAUGAAUUAACGAAAAAGUGAAUUGUGAUUGAUCAAUUAAUUCUGAAAUCCUCGCAUGAUUGAUCGUCACGAAUAGAUGACUAUAAUUAUGAGAAAAAAAAAUAGUUGGCAGAAGAAGAAGACGUGCCUUCGAAAUCUCUACAAAUUUUUAAUUUUCAGUCUUAUCGACAUUAAUUCACCACAACCAACUGUUUCCGCAAAUUAGAAAUGAAAUAAAAGAAGAAAAAAUUAA